AGAACCUUCAUCCUUCAUUUCCCUACAAACAGAUUCAAUGAGCGUUAUAGUAUCUUGGUCUUUUUUGAGCUUGCUUGUGCUGCUUGCAGUGACUGCACGCUAUCGCGUGCGGCGCCGCUCCAUCAAGGACAUUCGAGGACCCGUUUCGCCCUCCCGAUUAUUAGGUCAUGAAAUGCAGAUCCGUCACCAAGAGGAAAUAGGAGACCUUGAAUUCCAGUGGGCUCGCCAGUACGGCCCCACUUGGCGCACACAGGGGUGCUUUGGUGAGGACGUGUUGUGGACAGCAGAUCCGAAGACUCUUCAGUAUAUCUUCCAUACCUCUGCUUAUCGAUUCCCGAAGACCAAGAUGUUGGAGCAAGCCGCUAAGAAUAUCUCGGGUCGAGGUAUUGUCUCGGUUCAAGGCGAAGUUCACCAGCGUCAGAGGAAAAUUAUGUCCCCAGCCUUUUCAGCAGGACAGUUGCGCACAUUCUUACCUAACUUUAGACAAUCAGCUGCUCGUUUAUCUCGGAAAUGGAAGGAUCAAAUAGAAUCAAGUCCUUCUCUUGAUAGUGCUAUCAUCAACAUUCCUCAAAUGAUGGCUAGAAUGACAUUAGAUGUUAUUGGUGAAGUUGCCUUCGACUAUCGAUUUGGAGCUUUAGACGACCAGGAAAAUGAACUUGCAGUUGUCUUUAGGGAUCUCUUUUUGGAUUCUAUGCUCCAUCCACCUGCAUGGGAUGUAUUGUUCAAGGCUACGUGGCGCUAUAUUCCCGACUCAAUCCUGCACUACGUCAGGCAUAUUCCAACAAGGGAGUACAGCCGCUUCAAAGACUUUCUGGACACGUCUUUCCGCAUUGGAAAGGAUCUUGUAGAUCAGAAAGCUUCUGGAACUGAGAAGGGUAGUAAAGAUAUCCUGAGUAUCUUGGUGCAAUCUAAUAUUGCUGAAGAUGCCAAGAAACGUUUGAAUGAGGAUGAGAUGCUUUCCCAAAUAGCGACACUUCUUUUGGCUGGUCACGAUACGACUGCCAAUACCCUUGUCUGGACUCUUUAUGAACUAGCCAGACAUCCAGAAGACCAGCAAAAGGUCCGUGACGAAAUAGCGGCUGCUCGUAAGGACGUGGAAACUCGUGGAGAUGAAGACUUUGUGCCUAGUGAUUUCGACUCGAUGCCCUUCUUGAAUGCCGUUCUCAAGGAAAGUCUGCGCUUGCAUCCUGUUGGUGCCGUACUAUUCCGAGAAGCGGGUGGCGAAGAUAUUCUCCCUCUUUCUGAGCCGCUUGAAACUGUGUCAGGUAAAAUGAUAGACCAGAUUUCCGUCAGCAAGGGUCAGACGAUCAAUGUCUCUGUCUGUGCUUACAAUCGACUACAAAGUGUAUGGGGAGAAGAUGGAGAUAGCUGGAACCCUAGCAGAUUCUUAGAUAGUGGCAAGGAGGGGCGGACGUCCGUUGGGGUGUUCGCAAACUUAAUGAGUUUUUCUGCCGGCAUACGUGCUUGCAUCGGAUGGCGCUUUGCAUUACUCGAGAUGCAGGCUGUACUCUCGGAGCUCGUUGAGACGUUGGUGUUCCAAUAUCCUGAGGGGAUGGAUAUCAUGCGACUCAACUCGGGAAUGAUGGUGCCCAUUAUAAGGGGCAAGCUCGAGGCGGGAAUACAGCUACCUCUGCAAGUCUCGCUCGCGCAUGGAGCAUGAGUGCAUUUAUAUGGGCGGUAGUAGUAGUAACUCAACAAAAAGAACUAUAGCUUGCUAGGAUGAUCUAUGUCCUUUGCUAUUUGCAAAACACCCCCUUCAAUGUAUUUUCACGUAUUUUGUAUAUAUAUGUAUACGGUGACAUUGAAUGUGAUCUGGAAGUCAGAUUAUAGUUUUUAUGUUCAAAUCUUUGCGG